AUUCCGGUUCCUAAAUCCUAAGGGAAAUGUCUGAGGAAAUUGAAGGAGACGAGUUUAUUGUUGAUAAAAUCCUGGAUAAGAGAUCUAGGAAUGGAAAGAUCGAGUAUUAUCUCUCAUGGAAGGGGUUCGGUCCUGAGGAGAAUACCUGGGAACCCAAGGAAAACUUGGACUGUCCAGAUCUGAUUAAAGGUUUUGAGGACAAACUCAAGCAAAAGAAAAUUGAAGGGAGCAAAGGUGGAAAGCGUAAAGGAGGGGAGGAAGGAGGACCUCUAGCUAAGAAGAAGCACCCAGAGGAAGAGGCCAAACCUCGAGGUUUCGACAGAGGACUCCAGCCUGAGCGUAUUAUCGGCGCAACUGACUCCUCUGGCGAGUUGAUGUUCCUGAUCAAGUGGAAAGGGAACGACGAGGCUGAUCUUGUACCGGCACGCCAGGCAAACGCUAAGUGCCCCCAGGUUGUCAUCCAAUUCUACGAGGAGAGGCUAUCCUGGCACACUUCGUCUUUGGACGAGGACGACUAGAGGCUCUUCCUGACAUCUGGACGAUCAUUAAUUCCUAUCGGACGAUCAAGCAUUUUAAUUGUAAUUGUUAUGAUUUAAUCAAACCACAUCACAUAACACAUGGUCCUAUGAUAACUAAAUUAUAAUUGCAGAGAAAAUCUUCGGAAGUUUGAAAUAUGUCGAAAGU